AUAUGCAUAUAAACACUAUCUCGUAAAACUUACAUCCUACCAACUGCAUAUAGCUUCCUUAUCCGAUAUCAAUUUCUAGUCCUUUUUUUAUUUUAUUUCUUGCCCGUUGAGUCCAAUUCCACAUAUUCCAUCUUACACAGAGGUCCUUGGAAUAUUCACCCGAUUUACCAGGAUAUGGGAAAUAUGAAGCAGAUCUUUAAUUAGAAGAGUUUCUGGAUUAUGUCAAUUGCCAUGUCAAUUGACACCCGCCCAUCAUGUUCGAAAAUCUCUGCACCUUACCUCUAAGCGCCGAUCUCUUCUCCCAGGCCUUGCAUCCGACAGAACCUCUCCUGGGAGUCGGCCUCUCGACUGGACACGUCCAAUGUUUUCGCCUACCUUCUGCCGACCGAUCGACCGAGGAUGAUGCCGACGUGAGUGUCCUGUCAGACGGUAAAGGCACCAUUGAGACCGUAUGGAGAACCAAAAGGCACAAGGGCAGCUGCCGUACACUGGCAUUCAGUAACGAUGGCUCAGCUCUAUACUCAGCUGGUACUGAUUACCUCCUCAAACACUUUUCUCCUGUAACCGGUCAGGUAGCCUCUAAGAUCGCUAUCCCAUCUACCAAAUCGGUCCCGGAUUCACCUUCUCUACUACACGUUCUCUCGCCCCAAACGCUCCUACUUGCAUGCGACUCGGGCGCCCUCCACCUUCUCGAUCUAAGAGACGGCGCGCUUGCGGCAUCGAAACCGCAACAGACGCAUUUCCCUCACGAUGACUUCGUAUCGAGCAUCACCGCGCUUCCCCCGUCCGCCGAAAGCACGAGCGGUUACAGCAAGCAAUGGAUUUCUACUGGUGGGACGACACUGGCCGUCACCGACCUGCGAAGAGGCGUUCUGGUGCGUAGCGAUGACCAGGAAGAUGAGCUUCUAUGUACGGCCUUCAUUCCGGGCAUGGGACCUAAGAAAAACCGCGAAAACGGUGUCGUGGCAGUGGGAACUGGUACCGGGGUUCUUACUCUAUGGGACAAAGGAGCUUGGGACGAUCAGCAGGAUCGCGUCGUUGUCGAUCCCGUAAAGGGAGGCGGCGAGAGUCUCGACUGUAUCGUGCAGAUUCCCGAAGAUGUAGCGAGAGGAAAGAAGGUGGUCGUCGGCGUAGGAGAUGGUAGCUUGCGCAUUGUUGAUUUGGCAAAAAGAGAGGUCGAGACUUACUUGCGCCACGACGACAUCGAGGCGGUUGUCGGUCUAGGGUUUGACUGCCAAGGCCGCAUGAUUAGUGGCGGAGGACAAACGAUCAAGGUUUGGCAGGAAUCGCCUUCGCUAAGGCCGGACGCCGACGAUAGCGACGAGAGUGGCGAUGUGGACGAAUCGGACGACGACGACGACGAUGACGAUGACAUGGAUGAGAGCAUAGUGGUCGGAAAUGGGGCUAAGCGCCAUGCAAACGGAGACUCAGAUGAUAGCGACUCAGAUAGCGACGAUGAAGGACCGAAACGAGGCAAAAAGAAACGGAAGGGAAAGGUGAAUGUCGACCUCGGACCUCACGGAGCCCAUGGGAUUUUGCGAUUCAAGGGCUUAGAUUAGGUGAUGUUAUGUGCACCGUAUAUGCCAUACAGAAUAUAAAGUAGCCUUCAUUCUAAGUAACUAAUGAAUGUAAGUACGAAUACUAUGUAGAAGGUAGGUAUACACGGAAUACAUUUACAUAUAUUUUCACAGCAG